AUGGUCAACGGGAGACCCAGGCAGUUCGGUAGCCCAUCCCGCCACGCUUCGGCAGCGCGGUCGCAUGCAUCAGGUGCCACCGUCUCCGCUUCGCCAGUUGUCUCCAGAGCGGCAAGACUAGGGCUCGGGUUGGGCAAAGGCGCUGUUGGCCUCGGAAAAGGAAGAGGCUUGGGAAAAGGUGGGCAAAAACGACACAUGAAAAUACAAAAAGACACUAUAUACGGGGUUACGAAGGGUGACAUUCGACGACUAGCUUGCCGUGGCGGCGUGAAGCGCAUCUCAGGUACGAUCUACGACGAUGUUCGUCAAGCUCUCAAAGAGCGGCUAAUAAGGAUAUUGAAAGAUGUCUGCGCCAUCGUGGACUCAAGUGGACGCAAAACUGUCUCAGUCACUGACAUCGUCUUCACCCUUCGAAGACUCGGUAACCCCAUCUACGGUUUCGAGUCCGCUUUCCUCAAUGCUCGCUGA